CAUACUCCCCUCGCUCCCAAGCCUCCGCCAGAGCUGCUGUAGCAACCAGCAAAACCCCAUCCGAAAGAGAAAAGGACAAAAAGCAGGAGCUCCAGGACCUAUCAACCACGCGCGCGCUUUGUACCGGCAAAAGAUCUCUCUUCCUCGCUUCCCAACAUCCACACAACAGCGGAUCCCAUUGUAAUGGAGACUGUCCUUGACUUUAACCGCGACCUCAACGUGGACCAGUUGGAUAGGGUCGUUCAGGUCUUCUUCAGCGGCACCGGACCUGACCAUAAGCUCGCUCAACAGAUCUUGACACAAUUCCAGGAGAAUCCAGACGCUUGGAGGCGCGUGGAUACCAUCCUCGACAAAUCAAAGGUCUCCCAGACAAAGUUCUUGGCGCUCGCAAUUCUGGAAAAACUGGUUCAGACGCGGUGGAAGCUCCUUCCUCCUGAACAAUGCCAAGGAAUCCGUAACUACACCGUCGGGCUGAUUGUCAAGUUGUCGUCGGAUGAGACGACUCUGAUCCGUGAAAAGACGCUGCUCAACAAACUCAACCUGGUCCUGGUCCAGAUUAUCAAGCAGGAAUGGCCACACGCAUGGCCUGGUUUCAUUCCCGAAAUUGUGAGCUCCAGCAAAUCAAAUCUAUCGCUGUGCGAAAACAACAUGGUGAUCCUCAAGCUACUGAGCGAGGAGAUCUUCGAUUACUCUGCGGAGCAAAUGACGCAGGUCAAAACCAAGAACCUCAAAAACUCCAUGUGCGGCGAGUUUUCAGAGAUCUUUCAGUUGUGCAGCGAAGUUCUGGAGAAGGCCAACAAGCCCAGUCUGAUUAAGGCAACACUUGACACCUUGCUUCGAUUCCUCAAUUGGAUUCCACUUGGAUACAUCUUUGAGACUAACCUUGUCGAAAACCUUCGAGCGCGAUUCUUGGACGUUCCUCAGUUUCGAAAUGUGACGCUGCGCUGUCUGACAGAGAUCGGCAGCCUCUCCGUGUCUGAAGAAUACAACCCAAAGUUCGUAAUCCUUUUCAACAUUGUGAUGGAAUCGAUUGCAAAGACCAUCCCUAUCUCCGGAAAUAUUGCCGGAAUGUACGAAAAUGCAAACGACGAUGAGCAGCGAUACAUUCUGAACGUCGCCUUGUUCUUGACCGGAUUCCUUGGCGUUCAUCUGAAGUUGGUCGAGAACCCACAAAACAAGGAAGCCCUUCUGGCCGCCCACCAAUACCUCCUCAAGAUCUCCGAAGUAGACGAGCGCGAAAUUUUUAAGAUCUGCCUUGAGUACUGGGCCAAGCUUGUGGCCGAGCUUUACGAAGAACUUCAGCAGCUACCCGUAAUGGACACACCAUUGUUGAGUCACGGACGGCCAGGUUAUGCAUCAUCGAGUCUUAAAGGCGGGAACCGCAGCCGUGCAUAUUACAGUGCGGUUUUGUCGCGUCUGCGUGUAGUGAUGAUCGAACACAUGGUUAAGCCUGAGGAGGUUCUGAUCGUCGAGAACGAAGAAGGAGAAAUUGUCCGUGAGGUCCUGAAGGAAAGCGACACCAUUACUCUAUACAAGAGCAUGCGUGAGGUUCUCGUCUAUCUGACACACUUGGAUUGCGUGAAUACCGAGCAAAUCAUGACCGACAAGCUGAUGGCGCAGAUGGAUGGAACCGAGUGGAGCUGGACAAAACUGAACCAGCUCUGCUGGGCCAUUGGAUCGAUUUCGGGAGCCAUGAAUGAGGAGACGGAAAAACGAUUCUUGGUCACAGUUAUCAAGGAGCUGCUGGAACUAUGCGCAGUCAAGUCAGGAAAAGACAACAAGGCCGUUGUUGCAUCGAACAUCAUGUACAUUGUUGGGCAGUAUCCCCGAUUCCUCAAGGCGCAUUGGAAAUUCCUAAAGACCGUCGUCAACAAGCUCUUUGAGUUCAUGCAUGAGUCGCACGACGGAGUACAAGAUAUGGCAUGUGACACGUUCAUCAAGAUCUCUCAGAAGUGCAGGCGUCAUUUCGUAUUGCAGCAAUCGCAGGAAGUUAUGCCCUUUAUCGAUGAGAUCCUGGGCACACUUGACCGGAUAACGAGCGACCUCUCUCCGGCACAGAUUCACACGUUCUAUGAGGCUAUCGGCUAUAUGAUCUCAGCUCAGCCAAACCGCCCAGCUCAGGAGCGUUUGAUUGCCAAAGCCAUGCAGACUCCCAAUCAAUACUGGGACAACAUCAUGGAGCAAGCAAAGUUAGACGUCAGUAAUCUGGACAACACUGAAAACCUGAAAAUCCUAGCUAGCGUCCUCAAAACAAAUGUGUCUGCGUGUGGAUCGAUCGGACCAGGGUUCCUUUCUCAGCUGGGGCGAAUCUAUCUGGACCUGCUGGCGGUUUACAAAGCUAUUAGUCAGCUUAUCUCGGAGAGCGUUGUGAAACAAGGCCCGGUUGCAUUGCGCACCCCGCGUGUCCGCCAAAUGCGCACUGUCAAGAAGGAGGUCCUGCGCCUAAUCGAGACAUAUGUCAACAAGGCGGACGACUUGGUGGAGGUGACACAGAACGUCAUUCCAGGUGUUCUUGAAGCCGUUCUAGGUGAUUACCAACGCAAUGUCGAACCUGCACGCGAACCCGAGGUGUUGAGCGUCAUGAGCACAAUUAUUAUCAAGCUUGGGCCGUUGCUGAACGAUCAAAUCCCGGUCAUUCUCGAGUCCGUGUUUGACGUGACCCUGAACAUGAUCAACAAAGAUUUUGCAGAAUACCCAGAUCAUCGUGUGGGUUUCUUCAAGAUGGUCAAGGCCAUCACUCAGUUCUGCUUCCCAGCUCUCCUGAAGCUUCCACCGGCGCAGCUGCAGCUUAUCAUGGACAGCGUGGUGUGGGCAUUCAAGCACACGAUGCGUGAUAUUGCCGAUAUGGGUCUGUCGAUCUGUGUGGACAUCAUCAACAACUUUGCGAGCAGCGAUCCUGCUGUUGCCAAUCAGUUCUAUCAGACGUAUUUCCUGAACCUGCUGAACGAUAUCUUUUUCGUCCUGACCGACAACAAUCACAAGAGCGGGUUCAAACUUCAGAGUCAAGUCCUUACUCGCAUGUUCUACCUGGUCGACUCUGGCGCGGUUCAGGCACCCUUGUUCACGCCAGGACAAGUGUCUGAUCCAACUAUGACAAACGAGAGGUUUUUGAAGGAGUACAUGAUGAACCUACUUCAGAAUGCCUUCCCUCAUUUGCAACCGUCUCAAAUCAGCACGUUUACCCUGGCGCUAUUCGAGACUAACCGGGAUGCCAACAGGUUCAAGCUAGUGCUGCGCGAUUUCCUGAUCCAGCUAACAGAGUUUGGAGCCUCGGAGACGGAGCAGAACGAACUGUUCCUGGAUGAGAGGGAGGCCGAGGUGGAGGCGAGGCGCAAGCUGGAAAGGGAGGCUGCACUGCGUAUCCCAGGUCUUGUCAAGCCGUCUGACCUGCCCACGAUGGAAGAGGACGAUUAGACCAAGCACAUGUGUACACACACAAGUCCAGCUGAUAUCAAAGUACCGGGACCCAUGCAAGGCAUCUUUUCUAGAAUGAACAAGUACCAAAAUAAUACGAGUGUGAACAAAGUUGCUUCUGAAAUCGUGGUAAUGGUUCCUGUGGGGAGUUUUUCAUGCCAGGUGCAGCAGAUCCCUUGUUGCUGUCGGUUUGACGCUGCACGGAGCACACAUAAAACGUGUGUGUGUCGAGAAGGACGCAUAAUUUCGAUUUUGCCGUUGUUGCCAAGUAG